AUGGAGAGAAUUUUAGUUUUCAGUUUAGCUCUUGGAACCCUAUACCAGAGAUUGUUAAGGAAGAAGCUUCGCUCUGCCACCAUUGUCAAAGUUGAAGAAGUGAAGGAAGCUAAAGCUGAUAAGAAAGAGGAAAAGCCAACUCCACCAGUUCAAUGGAUAUCAUCAGCCAGCUAUUGUGCUCCGCAGUGUCCUUCAAUGUAUUAUGGAGUGCAAAAGAUAGUAGUGAGUGUGCCAAUGCACUGUGACAAAUGCCGAACCAAGGCCCUGAAGAUUGCUGCAGCUGCACACGGUGUGAGCAAAGUGUCGAUUGAAGGAGCAGACAAAGGUCAUAUGGAGGUGAUUGGAGAUGGGGUUGACUCUGUUUGCUUGACCAGUUUGUUAAGGAAGAAGCUUGGCUUCGCCGCCAUUGUCAAAGUUGAAGAAGUGAAAAAAGAUAAAGAUGAUAAGAAAGAGGAAAAGGCAACCCCUCCUCCAGGCUGUGUUCAAUAUUGUCCUCCAAUGUGCUAUGAACAGGGUACCCAGUGGAGAAGCCACGUAGAGCCCAAAGGGGUCCCAGGCCCAUACUAA